AGCGGAAUUGAGUCAAGCAGCAGAUCUCGCUGUGCCGCGACCAAACGUCCUCCCUCGCUUCAAUUGCCCAUUGCCGCCGCCUCCUAAUCCCCUCCUCCUCCGGUGCUCGAUGCUGCGACAGGUCAAUUGUGUUGCAGCCGCGGCAGAUUGUAUCAAGGAUGGGCCGCCACUCGUGUUGCCAGAAGCAGAAGCUCAAGAAGGGAUUGUGGUCGCCAGAGGAGGAUGAGAAGCUGGUCAGGUACAUUACCAAGUAUGGCCACGGCUGCUGGAGUGCGGUGCCAAAGCAAGCAGGUGCUCUUGUGAAACUGGAGAGAGAGAGAGAACGAGAGGCAUUGACAAAAUCUGGUUUCAUGGUGGCUUGGCUUCCAGGGCUUCAGCGAUGCGGGAAGAGCUGCCGGCUGAGAUGGAUCAACUACCUCAGGCCCGAUCUGAAGCGAGGUGUCUUCUCCGCAACCGAGGAGAAGCUCAUCAUUGAGCUCCAUGCUGUCCUCGGUAACAGAUGGUCUCAAAUCGCCACACAGUUGCCCGGGAGAACAGACAACGAGAUAAAAAACUACUGGAACACUUGCAUCAAGAAGAAGCUCAAGCAAAUUGGCAUCGAUCCCAACACGCACAGGCCGCUGGAUGAAGCGGGGCUGGCGGUGGCAUCUACAGGUUCCGCAUCGCCAGCCGCAAGCAUGGACAUGAACGUGAGUGUCGAGUGUAAUUUGCAUCACAGAACGACGACCUUGUACCCUUGCGCGUUUGAGGACAUUCUUUUCAACCCCACUUCCACUACUCGAUCCAUUGGUGUUGGACGCCACCACCUGCUCAAGCUCCAAGCUCUCGAGGGAAGCAGCAUCAGCAGCAGUAGCAGCAGCAGUAGUAACAUUCACUUGACGGACUCUCUGGUGGAGAAAUUCCUGGCGAGUGGGCUUGAUCACACCAGGCAGCCAUCUGCAUCUUCCUACAGCUGUUACGACUCUGCGCUCAUUUCCUCGUCCUACGACAACGAGCUGCACAUGUUGCAAGGGCAUGGGCCGGGGGAUCAACGCCAGCCAGACCCAUGUCUCUUCUCCUUCCUUGCAGCGGCUGAGGAAGGAUUUGGGAUGGUCAGUAGCAGGGGGGGGCUGGCGUACUACGGCGACUCUUUCAACUCCGGGGAAGCAGUAGCUGCUGCAGCAGCAGGAGCUGGCAGCAACACGGCGAGCAGCAGUAGCGCUACAGCCACGGGGGGCGAGGAGGUGGAAGCGGAUGAGCACAGCAAUGUGGUCCAGUGGUGUGAGCUAAUGCCGGUGUCGUUCGCGGUGCACGAGUUUGAAAAAUGUCAUGAUCAGGAGGUGGCGUUGAAACAAGAGGAUCCGGGGCAGAGCCUGUGCUGGUCACAGCAAGCUGCAAUGGGCAUGGGCGUGGGCAUGUGCAUGUCUCCGGAACUGGAGCGGAUUGCAGCGGUCAUCGAUGAGAUGUAAUCCCCAUUUCCUGUGGUGUGUGUGUGUGUGGGUGGUGUGUGCGUGUGUGUGUUUGUAUUUUUGGUAUCUAAGGUCUAUAGAAAGUGUGAC